AUGCAUGACAAAAGAGACGAGCUCGAUUUUCGCCUUGUCAACAGCUACCCAUGCGGUUCGAAAAAAAGCAGCGGAGUCGUAUUCGAGCCAUUCGGCACAAAUACCAGAUAUCGUUUGACACUUGGCGAAGUUCAAUCGGUUAAUGUUGAUCUCGACGUUGCUGUCGGCAACGGCUGGACGCGAAUCACGCUGAAAGAAGUGCCGAGUUUUCUGUUCGACGCGUUUCAGCUCAUUUUCAAAGAGGGCCUCAACAUCGACGGAAUAUUUCGACGAGAGGGCAACUCGGUGCGUUUAAACCGUCCCGAUGUGCAUGACUUCUAUCGGGGCCUUCGCGCGAUUCCUCCCGAGUUCACUGUCAUCGAUGUUUGCACACUAAUCAAGAGAUUCCUUCGAGAUAUCAAGCCAACACUUUUGAAUAGCGAGGAGAUUCGAGCGAAGCUUCUCAAACGCGCGGCGCGUUGUCGCGACGAGAACCACUUCAAGUUGAGCCAUCAAGAGAUCGACUAUAUAUUCAAAUCGCAUCCGAUGCUGGCGCCGGCUCACCUCGGCACACUUGGCUACGUCGUCAGAAUGCUUCUACGAAUCUCCGAGUACGCGUCGUGCCACAAAAUGACGGCCGACAAUCUGGCGGUGGUGCUCGUCGGCGCGAUUUUCGGCGAUUUCAUGGGCGGCGGAACGGAUUCGCGCAAAAAAGGCGCCCAACACCGUAAAUGCACACAAAAGGAGUUGAUGUCGAAAAAGGACGACAUGAAUUUGCAAGUGGCCGCCGUGAAAUUGCUAAUUAUUAAUGCGAAUUUGAUUGGUCUUCCUACUGGCCAUUAUGUUUCCAGCAAUCGUCAUCUGAUGCCGCACAGUAUUGUCCGCAGCACAAGCGCAAUGCCGAAUAUUAGGUGCUCCAGCUCGAGCGACAACGAUUUCGUUUUGGAUUCGAUCGCGAAACCGACGCCGACGACACCGCGCACAUCAAUGUUCGGCGUGUCGAAUCGCAAUCUGUGUCGUCGCGAUUCGGAUCUCACCGGCAUUCUUGCGGCGAAAGCGAAACACCAAAAAGACAUUGAAUCGGCGACAAAAGUCAAGAAGCGCUCGUCGUCGUUUCUGCCGAUCACGUCGUUGCGCGGCUUCCGCGAAAAGGUCUCCAGUCAAUUUUUGCGACGUGCGAAAUCGCCGAGUCCCGAACGCAAACCGAUGGUCUCGCCGCGAAAAUUGGACUUUAGCUGCUCCGAUGACGAGCCGCGAUCGCCAACAAUUCGUCCGAUGAUGCGUCGCGGCAAUACGCCGUCGGUGAGCGAAUCGCGGUGCGGAUCGAUUGGCUCGACGUCAUCGGGACGCCAGUCGAGAAGUCAUCAGGCGCGCAAAGGCACCAUGAACUCGGCCCAACGCAAAUCGAUAAUGGAUAUUGAGAAGCUGAAGAAGCCGUCAAUUGUGUCGUCCGAAUCGACAACGUCGACCAUGACGAAUCGCUCGCUUAGACGCGUGUCGCAAUCGGAGCAGAACAGCGGCGGUGGAGCGGCGGCGUUGAAGCGACGCGAAUCGGAUGAGUGCCGAACGACGGCGAGCGGCGACACGGCGAUCGUUGUGACGCCGCCGUCGCUUCGGAAGAAGAAGAAGAAGAUGACGCCGAUGAGGCGAAACACUGUGAGCAUUGGAAGUAUCAUUUGUAAAUCGAAUCGCAACAAGGUUAGCACGUCGCCGCAGCGUCGAGCCACGUGUUGGGAAGUGGGAACGAUUCGAGAGGAAAAAGAGAAUGUGGCGGCGCCGUCGGAAAGCUGCGGGAAUCUUCUGAUCGGCGAUCGUCCUGAUGAGAGUGUCGCUUCGGACACAUUCGAGUUGACCAACUCAUUCAUCGAUGUGGUGAACCAUGAAGCACGUAGACGUCGCGCAUGCUUUUCGGAACGUCGUCAACGGAAGAAGCCGAACUCGGAAUCGCUGAUGGUUCUCAAUGGUUCGGCGGUGUUUGAAAAGUCGGAUGUGAAAUGGCGAAAAGAUUCGGGAAACGACGGUCCCGAUUCGGUCGUCAUGCAGAAUCGCCUACAGAGCAUCGUGGGAACACCGACGAAGGCGGAAGCGGCGGCGAUGGCGCAAUUUUUGAGGGCGUCGACGUCGAGCACCCCGUUUACGGGAAUUGGUCGAGUUGCGGCGACGCCGAUGACGUUGACGAAUGUUGAUAGUAUUGGAAUCAAGAAGCAACAUGAGAACGGCCAUGUAUGGGUUGGUGAAAAGCAGACGGUGAUGCAAUCGCCGCAGCCGAAGCGUAGUGGUCAUUGCGAAGAGACGAGGGCGAUGUCAGCGGCACCGAAUCUCGCCAGUAUGAGAAGAGCAACACCGCCGCCGCCGUCGUCAUUGUACACCUCGCCGCUGCGAGACCCGAUCGUCGCACCGUCGCGAUUCACAAUCCAAUCGCCGGUGUUGAGACGCGCGUUCGAAUCGCAGCAACGAUUGUCGGCCACGAAGACGAUGUCGCCGUUGGUGACGCGCUCGAAAUCGCAUCUGUGCGAUGAGAAGGUGUCGAGAAAUGAGUACGCGGCGCUGGCCACACCGCCGAGAUGUCGGCGAGUUCGCACACCGCCGCGACCAUCCAGCUUGAUAUACUCAACGCCGAUGCAGAAUCGGAAGCCGAUGGGCGGGAAUCCGCUUGGAACAGCUUCGAGACCUCUAUUAAGCUCGUCGUCUUCUUUGGCGUCGUUCCGAAGUAUUCAGCCUCUUCCGCCGCCGUCUCCAUUGGUGUUCCGUAAAGCGAUUCCGUCGACGCCGACGACGCCGCACUCGAGAAAGGCGAUGCCGGCGAAGGAUGUGUUCAAAUGUCCGGUUCUGCCGCCGAUCAAAGACUUGCGACCGCAAACGAAGAGCGCCGAUCUUGAUGAUCGUCAUUAUCCGCAUCGACCGGCGAGCAAAGAGCCGCGACACGUCAGCACGUCGGCGUUGGAGGAUCAAAUCAAAUCGAGAUCGUCGUCGCGCGCUUCUGGCGUUUUCGACGGCGAAUCCGACACCGAAUUUGGGUUCGGCGAGUACAAUGACGUCAUCAAAUCGGCAAAUAACGAAAUGAAUCUUCCCACUCGCCAUCAAAGUCUAGAAUCGCGACCAUCGGUUGUUGAGAUUCGCACGUCGAACUCUGGAUUCGUGCGAUCGCGUGUCAAUCAAUUUCAGGGAUUGUCGCGAGCGUCGAUUGAUAAUUCAUCAAGUGGACGUACGUCGGCAUUCUCGAUGCGAAGCACUGAAACACUAUCGUCUGUUGAAGGAAACACGAAACCGAAAACCUAA